AUGGUGGAUCAAGGCGCCGAUCAAGAUUGCAAAAUGCUCCGCACGGUCGAGCUGCUAGCUUGCCGCCAACGUUACGGUGCCAGCACUGGCGACUCACCUUUGGAAAAGGAGGAAGUGACUGACAGUCAGUUGAGGUGCCUACACGCCAAGGUAGAAAGCGGACAAGCACCCUUCAUAGACAUGGGGGUCUGGGGUCCUUAUGGGGACCGGAUUGCGAGAGCGAUGAAGUUUACUUCACAAGCACUGAAGGAUGGGCAAUGGAAGGCAGUAGAGCUGCCGGGUGCAGCCAACAUUCAUGCCUGGGAAGAAAAUUGCUGUAUCAUGCUUGACAUUGCCAGGCCGGCGGUGUUGGACAGGUACAGUGCUGAGUUCCGCAACCGUGUGACAGAAUACCCAGAUGUGUGGCAUUUGGCCGCGCAGGCUGACAUCCGCUAUCAAAACAGCCGACAGCACUCCAACCACCUGGCCCAUCCAACAUUAGCGGUGUACGACGUCAAGCGGCCCUGGAAUUCGGUGAUCAAAGCGAGUGCCUCCUGCAGUGACUUCUGGCGCAAAGAGUUCGAGCAGCCUGCGUUACGCUACCAGUGCAAUGGCCCCAGGGCCAUGCCCGCAGUUCCUGAGCCGCCACCUGAUGGAGGCUUCAGGCCCGGUGGCGGUGAGAAGCGGAAGUUCGACCCACAGCGGAAGGAUGGAUGCUACUUGAAGUCCAAAGGAGGCCUCAACAUCUGCUACGAUUGGUCUCGCAAACCGGAUGGAUGUUGCAGUGACAAGUGCGACAAGGGCAUGGCUCAUGUCUGUGAGUGGUGCCGGCAGCCGCACCGAUCGAUCAAUUGCCCGCAAGUCCCUGGUUGGAACCCCGAGGAGAAGGGCGCGAACCAACAGCGAAGCCGCGGGGGUGGAAAAAGGCAAAGGAGGCCGGGGACGCAACCAGCGGCGACAGUGAGCAGCAGAAGUCACCGCGCAGCUGCCGACAUCAGCAGAUCUGCCCUUCCUGAAGGGAAGGUUGGAAUCGGCUAG